CUCCUUUAGCCAACAAGAAGAAAAACAAGAACGCAAAACAAACGGAAACUGAAGAAGAUGAAGAUGAAGAAGAGCAAGCAACAUUAGAUGAUUCCGACGAAAGCAUGGAGGCAACCAACGAGCAGUUUUUUCGGAAGUGAAAUGAUAGCAGCAUAUAAAACAACAGAGCAAAUGAUCGACACACCAUCACCAACCACCAACAACAUCAGCAACAUAAACAACAAAAUCACGGAGCUACCAGGCCAUCUGUGGCACGGGAUCUCCGAAAGUGAAGUAGGGUUCCCGGGUAAUAUGUGGGAUGGUAGGCUAGCCCUCCGGGACGCAAUCCUCAUACCCGUAGAGGGUGAACCUUCUCCCACAGCCCAGAUAGGCGCAACGAUGUCCCAAAGCCCUCGCCCCCCGUCGGCUGCUUGGCAUGAUCCUGGGACGCCAGAUGUUCGUCGAGAGCGUGCCGUACGGGGGCAACCGGGGCACUUGCAAGUCAUCACAAAAUUCGCAACAACACACCACCCACAAUUCGCUAACACCAGGAAGGGCGAACAUAUCGACACACUUUGACCCCGGCGAAGGAACCAGUAGAAGUUUUACGCACCCACUCACCCAUGCAGC